UUCUUCAUCCUCCCCGGCUGCCUUCAUCCCCCUUCUCCCCUCUCUCAUCUCCCCUUCCUCCUAACCUCCCUUCCUCUUCCUCAUUCUUCAUCCCACUCUUCCUCCCGCCCUUCCUCCCCCUCCUCUCCCUCCUCCCUCCGUCUCCCCAUCCUCCUCCUCUUCCUCCCCAUCUCCCUCCCCUCCCUCCCGCCUCCCCCUCUCCCUCUUCUUCCUCCCCCAGCAGUGACGUCUCUCGACGUGCAGCUCCCCGGCCCGGCUCCGCACCGCUCGGGGCUCCGCCACCGCGGCCCGGCCCGGCCCGGCAGCAGCCUCCGGCGGGGCGCGGGCGCUGCCCGGGGCCGCCCAUGCGGCCGGGGGGCGAUGCGGGCGGCGCGGCGCUGGCGGUAGUGCCCGCACCGGGCCCCCCCGGGAGCAUGGGCUGCAUCGGCUCCAAAACCACCAUCGUGGCUGUGGACACGACGCUGUGCGUGGAGUGGAAGGAGGUGAAAGCACUGUCACCGCUGAGUGCUGCUCGCCCACUGCCCCGCCUGGUGCGCCAGGCCUCCUUCGACAGCCAGGACUUCCUCCAGGUCAAUGUUGAGGAUACUGUCGAGAUGCUGCCCAAGUCACGGCGCGCGCUGACCAUCCAGGAGAUUGCUGCCCUGGCCCGCUCCUCACUGCACGGCAUCUCGCAGGUGGUGAAGGAGCACGUGACGAAGCCAACGGCCAUGGCGCAGGGCCGUGUUGCCCACCUCAUCGAGUGGAAGGGCUGGUGCAAGCCUGUGGAGCCGCCAGCUGCCCUGGAGAGCGCCUUCAGCUCCUACUGCCACCUGAGCGAGGGCGAGCAGGAGGCACGCUUCGCUGCCGGUGUGGCGGAGCAGUUUGCCAUUGCUGAGGCCAAGCUGCGAGCCUGGUCAUCGGUGGACGGGGAUGACUCCAAUGACGAAUCCUACGAUGAGGACUUCAUGCCCUCCACAGAGAGUUCCCAGCCCAGCGAGCUGCCCGGCACGGUGCCUGCCAGUGCACUGCUGCGAGACCUACUGCAGGGCCACCUGUGCCAGCUGGGCGUGCGGCACAGCUCCUGCGAGCCCGAGAGCGACUCAUCGCACACCCUCUCCCCCGAGACUCUCUGCUCCAGCCUCUGCAGCCUGGAGAUGGUGUCCCCCUCCGAACUCACUGCCAAACUGCUGGGCUCCCUUGGGGGCGAGGACCUGCUGCUGCCCAAGCUGCCUGCCCCGGCCAGCCAAAGUGCCUUGCAGGGCCUGGCACGGCUCCGGUGCCAGGACUCCCUCUACUCCGUGUCCUACGCCGAAGCCUGCCUCUCACCCACUGAGGAUGAGGUGGUGCUGAGCAAGGACUUCCCACUCCGCCGGAAAGUCUCCGACGUCGCCUCCUCUGGGGUGGCAUCGCUGGAGGAGGAGGAGGAGGCCGAAGAGCCCUGAUGCCCCCUGGGGUGCCCUGCCUCUCCGGGCGGGGGUCCAGCCCCCCCUGUCACAACCCUCUGGCCGGACCCUGUGCUGGGCGAGGGACAGGCCCUACCGCUGCUCCCCCUCGCUAUCGGGGUGCAGGGGGGGGUCGGGAGACCACCGCAGCUCCCCUUCCAGCCAGUGUGCCCCGCCGUGCCCUGGCCCUGCUUGGCCACAUCGUUGUCCUCCUGGAUUUUUGCAUGAGAGUGGGGAAGGGGUGCAGGGAAGGGCUUGAGGGGGUCCGACCUCUGCCCUGAUGCCCAGAUGUGCCCCCAGAACUGGCAGGACUGAAUCAGUGGGGCUGGUUCUUCGCAUGUUCCCCCCCAAACCCCACCUGGGCUUCCCUUUCGGGCACAAGCCCCCCCUGCCCCGUUGGCAUGGCUGAACCUCUCCGAGCACCCUGUGGUGCCCCCACUCCGUGCCUGGCACCCUCGGCUCGGGGCGGCUGGGGGGGGUUGGGGAGCAGGGGGCUUUUCUCUCCCCAGCCAGCUUUUAUCGGACCGAGUUUUAAACUGUGAACUUCUGUCUUGGAGCACAGGGCCAGCGGGGGGGGCGAGGCGCUGUGAAUGUGCCGCCGUGUCGGGGGCUUUCUAUACUUUUGUACUUGUGGGGGGCUGGCAUGGGGAGACUGUGGGGCUGGGUGGGGGCCGGGUGGGCACAGGCCCCCAGGCUGGGGGCUUUGGGCCACCAGUGACAGCACCCCCAAACCAGCACCGCAGCAGGGGGCUCAGCCCAGCCAGGGCCCCUCCGGUCUGCUGUGGGGCAAUGUGGGGUGGAGAGAGGGGGGAGGCAGCGGGACUGAUGUCCCCAUCCCUGAGUCACUCACCCCUAGCAGGGAACCAAGUGCCUACAUGAAGGGCAAACAGCCCCCCCAUCCUGGCUGGGGGUGGCAACCCGGCUCGGGGGUCCCCAGGGCCGUGCCAGGGGUCCAGGCACGCCGUUUGGGGGAGGAAUGCCAGUUUUUUGCCAAUGCUUGCGCCCCGCUUCCCGCAUGGCACGUGUUCUUGUGGGGCCGCUUGCCCGCUGCAUGCUGCUCCUCGCCCAGCCCGGCCACAGCCCCCCCAGCCCCGCACCCUGGGGUGCCCCCAGCACCAGCUAUGCCUCUGCUCCCAUGCACCCCCCCGCACUGCCCAUCAGCCUCCACCGGGCACAGCACCCACUCUCCCUCCCUGCCGCGGGGUGCCUGGCACGGGGCUGGCCCCCCUCUCUCUGCAUGGCCAAGCUGUGAGGGGGUGCAGGGGGCAGCCAUGCUGAUGGGCUCCCUGUCACCUGCCACCAUCCCCUUUCUGGGGACAGCAGAUGCUCCCCACAGCACCAGGAUGGGCUGGGGGGCGCAGGGUGCCUGCAGAUGGGGGGGGGGGGGCUAUGCUCUGCGUGUGUGUGUGCACAUGUGCGUGCGUGCGUUCGAGUGUAUGUGCAUGUGCACGUGUGUGCAUACCCGCGGGAGCUGCCUGAGCCCCCCGUCCUGCUGUGGCGGUGCCCGUGGGGGUGCCCAUGGGGUGUCCACACCCCGGCACCCCCCCUCCAUCCCGCCAGGUCUCAAAUAAAGUCCAUCGUGUGAG